CACAUAGCAGCCCAUUACCACCCGUUUCCAAGCCGUGUGCAGAAAGGAGAGGGAGAGCAGGAAGAAGAAGACGGCAUCAUGGCGACGGCGCAGGCGGCCUCGGCGUCCCCAACCCACCACCGCGUGUCCUCCCCGGCGGCGUCGCCGCCGCAGCCGCCGUACCCCAGCGCUGCCAGGAUCGCCGACUCCACCUGCUUCCCCCAGUACACCGCCUCCCUCAAGUGUCUGGAGGCCAACCAAGACAAGAGCAAGUGCCAGCAGCAGUUCGACGAUUACAAGGAGUGCAAGAAGAAAGAGAGGGAGGCUCGGCUCGAACGAAACAAAAGCCGAUCACUCUUUGGAUGAGUAAUUGUGUCCCAUCUGAGCAAUUUGCUGGCGAUGUGCAAUAAGUUGUUUCGUUGAUGCGUGUGAAAUCACAGCUUCUUCGUUUUCCUGCUGAUCCUUUUUAACUUAUGGAAAGUAGAAAAUAGUAGACCAGCCUCUGGGUUGAGAAAGAUGUAAGGUCUGAGAACAGCUCACUAGUUCAUGUGUUGAGAAUCAAAUGAGCAAGGUUGUAUUGAGAAUCACGAAUCAUGACACAAUAGAAUUUGUUCAAUAAAAUGAAAUUUUCCAGAACGCUUGUA